AUGUCUAUGGCUGAUGAACCACUGUAUCCAAUAGCUGUGCUUAUAGACGAGUUGAAAAACGAUGACAUCCAGUUGCGGUUGAAUUCAAUUCGCAGGCUGUCGACGAUUGCGCGUGCGCUUGGGGAGGAGCGAACGCGUAGAGAAUUAAUUCCGUUUUUGACGGAAAAUAAUGAUGAUGACGACGAGGUGCUUCUUGCGAUGGCGGAAGAGUUGGGAGUUUUCAUUCCUUAUGUUGGUGGAGUGGAGCAUGCUAGUGCAUUGUUACCACCUUUGGAGGCGUUUUGCAGUGUUGAGGAGACGUGUGUGAGGGAUAAAGCUGUUGAGUCGCUUUGUCGAAUUGGAUCUCAAAUGAGGGAGAGUGAUUUGGUUGAAUAUUUUAUACCGUUGGUGAAGAGAUUGGCAGCAGGUGAAUGGUUUACCGCCCGAGUCUCUGCAUGUGGUCUAUUUCAUAUUGCUUACCCUAGUGCGCCAGAAGCAACGAAGACAGAGUUGAGAUCGAUAUACAGUCAGUUAUGUCAGGAUGACAUGCCUAUGGUUAGAAGAUCUGCUGCAACAAAUCUUGGGAAAUUCGCUGCAACUGUUGAGUAUACUCAUUUGAAGGCUGACAUCAUGUCAAUUUUUGACGAUCUUACUCAAGAUGAUCAAGACUCUGUCAGAUUGUUGGCCGUUGAGGGAUGUGCUGCUCUUGGAAAACUGUUGGAGCCACAAGAUUGUGUUGCACAUAUACUCCCAGUUAUUGUUAAUUUCUCUCAGGAUAAGUCGUGGCGUGUGCGUUACAUGGUUGCAAAUCAGUUGUAUGAGCUCUGUGAGGCUGUAGGCCCUGAACCUACCAGAACGGAGCUGGUCCCUGCCUAUGUUCGAUUGCUUCGAGAUAAUGAAGCUGAGGUACGCAUAGCAGCUGCUGGGAAAGUGACCAAGUUUUGCCGGAUUUUAAGUCCAGAUCUUGCAAUUCAGCACAUUCUUCCUUGUGUUAAGGAAUUAUCAUCAGAUUCUUCACAACAUGUCCGCUCAGCUCUGGCGUCAGUAAUAAUGGGAAUGGCUCCAGUGUUAGGAAAGGAAGCAACAAUUGAGCAGCUUCUUCCUAUUUUCCUAUCUCUUCUGAAGGAUGAAUUUCCCGAUGUGCGCCUAAACAUCAUCAGCAAGCUUGAUCAAGUGAAUCAGGUGAUUGGAAUCGAUCUGUUAUCUCAAUCAUUAUUACCCGCCAUUGUUGAGCUUGCAGAGGAUAGACAUUGGAGGGUUCGGCUUGCAAUUAUAGAGUAUAUACCCUUGUUGGCAAGUCAAUUGGGUGUUGGAUUUUUUGACGACAAAUUGGGUGCUCUUUGCAUGCAGUGGUUACAGGAUAAGGUUCAUUCAAUUCGUGAAGCAGCUGCUAACAACUUGAAACGUCUAGCCGAAGAGUUUGGUCCUGAGUGGGCUAUGCAGCACAUAAUUCCUCAGGUUUUGGAAAUGAUUAACAAUCCACACUAUUUGUAUCGGAUGACCAUUCUCCGCGCAAUCUCCCUGCUAGCCCCUGUAAUGGGCUCUGAAGUCACUUGUUCAAAAUUAUUGCCUGCUGUUGUUGCAGCAUCAAAAGACAGAGUGCCCAACAUAAAGUUCAAUGUGGCAAAGGUAUUAGAGUCCAUCUUCCCCAUCGUUGAUCAGUCUGUGGUAGAAAAGACAAUCCGACCGUGUCUGGUUGAGCUCAGUGAGGAUCCUGAUGUUGACGUACGAUUUUUUUCCACCCAAGCCUUGCAAGCAAUUGAUCAUGUCAUGAUGUCUAGCUAG